AUCUUGGAAAAAGUGUUCUAGAAAGAGGAGAAAAAGUUCCUUCAGAGAUUUUCAGUGUUUUCUUUUGCAAUUAUUACACACAAUGAUUAGAAAAAUACUCUUUACAGUACUGUGCAAUCUUGUUUUUGUACUAAAUGCGACCCACCUCGAGUAUGACGGCUGGCUGAACAUCGAGCUGUACCACGCGCUGGACAUUCACGAACCGCACAAGUUCAUUACCCGAGGCAAUGUCACCAUCACCAGUCUGAAUAGCGGGGCAGUGUCCCUGUCGCAGGAACCGCUAACGGUUCAUGAGCGGAACCAGUUCCGGAAGUUGGCCGAAGAAAACCGACUCUACCGGUUGGAAGCUCACGUUCUGGAAGCCGAUGGAUCCCGGUCCAAGUUCCUGACGUCAUCCAAAGCGUGCGCAUUGGCAAAAUCUCAACUGGCGGACGUUCUUUGGGUUUCGUUGGAUCAUGCCGGAUCCGUCACGGCCAUUACUCAGUCGGUCAACAAUGGCAAUACGGAUAACUGCCGGGACUUGACCACUCGAGACUUUGAGGUGUUGGAUGAAUUCAACACCGACGUGUAUGUGAAACCGAUGGAAAAUGCACCGAUUCCGGAUACAGCCAGUUUCAUCCAGAAGUUGGAACGUGAACGGGAAGCACGAGAGCGGGGUGAAACCAAGGAUACCCGUGGCUUCUUUGCCAAAUAUUGGAUGUACAUCGUUCCGGUAGCGAUUCUUAUUCUCAUAUCGGGUGCUACCAACCCGGAAGCAGCUGGCGGACAGCGUUAAAACCAAAAAAUAGGAAUAGUUUUUCAUUAUUUCUUAAUUUAUUCGUAGGAGUUCUCUUUCCCAUCAAAUAAAAUCUUCUAGUUCUCUACAGAAA